UUUGUAGAUUCCCCAAGUUUAUUUUCACAAAAAAAAUCUACUUUAAGUAAUAUUAGGACCUUAAAAGUGCGAAUAAGCAUGCAAAAAUACUAUACAGUCGAAAUUAAUAAAACAGAAUGGGAAGUACCUGAGAGAUAUCAAUUGUUGCAAGCUAUUGGAAGUGGUGCUUAUGGCCUUGUGUGUUCCGCUGUUGAUACUGUAAAUAAUAUUAAGGUUGCAAUUAAAAAGCUGAAUCGUCCGUUCCAAACAGCGACGCAUGCUAAAAGAACGUUUCGAGAACUUCGAUUGUUAAAGCAUAUGAACCAUGAGAACAUCAUUGGUUUAUUAGAUACGUUUUAUCAUGGAAAUACACUCGAGACGUUUAAUCAAAUUUACUUGGUUACUCAUCUAAUGGGAGCUGACUUGAACAAUAUCAUUCGGACACAACGACUGACUGAUGAACACGUACAGUUCUUAGUUUAUCAAAUGCUACGUGGAUUAAAGUACAUCCAUUCCGCUGGAGUCAUUCAUAGAGAUUUGAAGCCCAGUAAUUUAGCAGUGAACGAAGAUUGUGAGUUACGCAUAUUGGAUUUUGGUCUCGCUCGACCAGCAGAAAGCGAAAUGACUGGAUAUGUUGCGACUCGAUGGUAUCGCGCUCCUGAAAUCAUGUUAAAUUGGAUGCAUUAUAACAUGACAGUUGAUAUUUGGUCUGUAGGAUGCAUUAUGGCAGAGCUUUUGACAAGCCGAACAUUGUUUCCCGGAUCAGAUCAUAUUCAUCAGCUGAAUUUAAUAAUGGAAAUCUUGGGUACGCCAGGUGAUGAAUUCAUGAAAAAAAUAUCAUCAGAGAGUGUGAGUAGCUUUUUUGUGUUACGUAUGAUUAUUAUUUUUUUUGUAUCUUUCCAUUCUUAACGACUGUAAUUUGAUAGAAUUUUUAUCAGUUCAUUCAUUAUCACUUUUGAAUUUAUGACGUGGUUAUACAUACAGUUUUUUUUUUGCAAUGCCCAAUAGUUUUUUAAUGUAAAGCGUGAAGAUAAAUGCAUAAAAAAUAAUGUCAUAAACAUUUUCCAUAUCUCUUUUGAAUCUUUCAUUGCGCACAUUAAAGAAAUCAAUCAAUUAACACAAAUUUUCGCGCUUUGCGGCACACCUGAUAGUGAAUUAACCGAAAAAUUUAGUGAAGAGGCUAGAAACUACAUCAAGUCAUUAAAGGUGAUGAAGAAGCGCGAUUUUAAAGACGUUUUUCAUGGAGCUAAUCCUUUGGCCAUCGAUUUGCUAGAAAAAAUGCUCGAAUUAGAUGCAGACAAGAGAAUAAAUGCAGAACAAGCUCUAGCUCAUCCUUAUUUGGAAAAGUAUAGCGAUCCAACUGAUGAACCAAUAUCUUCACAGUACGAUCAAAGCUUUGAGGACAUGGAUUUGCCAACUGAAAAGUGGAAGGAGCUCGUGUUCAAAGAAGUGGUAACGUUUAAGCCUCAUACACACAAUAUCGAUAAUCAAUAAAAAUCAAAAGAAUUGGGUUGCUUAUUAAAGAAUAAUACUAACACGAGAGCGAUUUUUACGCCGCCAUAAAUAAGAGUACCAGAUAAACAGUUUUAUUAAUAAUAUUAAUAAAAGAGAAACACAUAAAUUAUUAAUAAUUUGUACUAUAAGUGUAGUACUCGUACCUUAUAAAAGCUAUAUUAUAUAUACACAUUCUUAAGAAG